AUGGCCGACAAAGAUCUCACACCUGAGCAAGAGGCAGCAGCCCGUGCAAAGGAAGCCGCCGAGCAAGCCGCCCUGCCGUACAAAUGGACUCAGGCAAUCUCCGAGCUCGACAUCGUCAUAUCCUCCAUUCCCGGGAAUCUAAAGAGCCGUGAUCUCGUCGUCGAGCUGAAGAAGCAGAAGCUCAAGGCCGGCAUUAAGGGUCAGGAGCCCAUCAUCGACGGCGACCUUCCACACGCGAUCCAGACCGAGGAUUCGACCUGGACCCUGACGACGGCGCCAGAUGGCACGAAGACAAUCGAGAUACACCUGGACAAGGCGAACAAGAUGCAGUGGUGGGCCCACGUCGUCACAAGCGCCCCCAAGAUCGACGUCACCAAGAUCCAGCCCGAGAACAGCAAGCUGUCCGACCUCGACGGCGAGACGCGCGGCAUGGUCGAGAAGAUGAUGUACGACCAGCGCCAGAAGGAGAUGGGUCUCCCUACCUCCGACGACCAGAAGAAGGCCGACAUCCUCAAGAAAUUCCAGGCGCAACAUCCCGAGAUGGAUUUCAGCAACGCCAAGAUUAGUUAG